CAUCGGUGAGACUGUUCAGGGCCUGUGCCUUGAGAGAUUACCUCAUGGUGGGCACCUGUCACACCCCGUCGGUUCCGAUCUUAGCGCGAAAUGCAAUCCCUGCGCUCCAACGCCACCUCGAAGCUUGCUUGUUGUCUCCGCCGAGGGGGCUUGUCCACAUCCACUGCCCAGCACCGCGCUGACGUCGGCCGCAAUCCUUUUCUCCCUUACAAUUUACCCCCCAUCGGCGUUUACCCUUCCGAUAUUGUCAUACAAGGCUCGAGGGCUCAGCUGUCACGGCGCAUCAACGGGCGCUGGGACGCAAUCACAAGCUCUGGCUCGACUCGACUCGACUUGGAUGGUCUGAACCCAUUGACCUUUUCUCGGCACAGCCUUCGCAAACCUAUCACCUCCUCUCCACAAAGCUGACAACAACGCAUCGUCUUGCGCUCUCUCUCUUAUCAUUGACGGCCCGAGCAAUGUCUCCACUAUGAAGAGCAGAAAAUGCUUCCCGAACCGACUUUGAGCUUCACGCUCCCUAGCCUUCACGAUGACACCGUCUUGGAUUGCCGUUUAUAUCAUUGUCAGGCAUUGAACCCCUCCGCAACGAAUCCGCCGCCAUGGAGACGACACGCUGCCGUUGUCGCCCAUCCUUAUGCGCCUUUGGGCGGUUCCUAUGACGACCCUGUCGUCGACAUCGUUGCCGCGACGCUGCUGCGACAAGGCUUCCUAGUGGGGACCUUCAACUUCAGGGGCGCUUCUGGAUCCGCAGGUCGUACGUCAUGGACGGCAAAGCCAGAACGCAGCGACUAUAUGUCAUUUAUUGGCUUCAUGGUCUACUACAUUCACUUCCUCGAUCCCUACGGAGCGACCAACGCUCGCUCGCCGACGACGACUCUCUCACCGGGGCUCCCUGACGCUCAAUCCAAAUCUCCCUCAUACCAUCCCCUUCUCCUCAUCGGCGGUUAUUCAUAUGGAGCUAUGGUGACGACGCAGAUUCCACCAAUGGCGCAUAUCCUCGCACAAUUCAAGGUGCCUGCAGCUGGCUCCGCGGCUGCUGACAUUCGUCUUCGAGCGCAGCAUCUGGCGGAGCAGCAGAACGUCAUCUUGGCGAGCGCCAGAGCAGCGAGCUCCGUAUCACCGCGAAAGAAAUACCUCGGCAUGCGGGUCGGAGGCGAUGAAGAUACCCAGCGCAAGAGUCACGAAGCUCGGAGAUCCAUGUCGGAAACGAGGAGGUCCUUCUCUAUUGACGCCGAGGAUAAGAUUCGGCGGGGCGUCAAUGAUUUGUUGGCGAAAACAAAAAGACAUCAUCAUAAGGGCGUGGCGGUGCCCCAGGAAAAGCUGGCUACUAUACCUUCCAACCAUGAAGUCUCUGUUGUGGUGGAAGAGGUUCCUAACCUGAUCCAGGUCCGGCCGGCAUAUCUACUCGUGUCUCCGCUGCAGGGAGUCAUUACCCAUCUAGCAGCUAUGUCAUUCCUUCACACAACACCUGGUCGAGGACUGUUCUCGCGGGGUGGAGGAAGACUUAGAGAACAGGGGGCGCCGACCUUUACGGCGGAUCAAAAACAUCAAAGUGAGAGCAAGCUGGUUGAAAACGAUACCCUGGCAUUGUACGGCGACAGGGACAUCUUCGUUCCCGUGGCCAAAUUGCGAGGAUGGGUGGAACGUCUGGAAGGGAACGACGGAUCCCAUUUCCAUGGCGAGGAGGUGUCUUCGGCUGGACACUUUUGGACAGAAGGGAAUGUGGCUUCAGUCCUCCGAGAUAAGGUCUCGGAGUACGCGGCGAAGCUAUUGCAAGGGGCUGACGAAAGUAGACCCGCCAGUGAACCGGCCCCCAAUUCGACCCUGGAAGCCCGUAUCUUCCCCUGUGUCACGCGAUGGAAGGUGCGAGGAUUGCAUGGGUUGGUGGCUUCUUUCCCAUCAAGGUGGCCCGCCCUACUGGCCCAUAGCUAUCGGGCAGUUGUACCGUCAGAUUUGCGUGACAACGAUGUCUGGUCUGUUACGGACGCCGCAAACAGAAAAUGGGGGGACGAACAAAACGAGUCAGUAUCUUGGCAGGGACACAACGGACAAGACUGA